CCCAAAUUGAGUGACUACACCAGAUUUGCCUUCUAUUUUCCUUUACUGUUGAGGGCAUAAUUUGCAAAUUCUUAACAGAGAAACGAAAUAGCUGACUUUGGCCCCUGAUCGAACCAUCGAAGAAAGCAUAUCCGAGUCUUGACUUUUCAACUCUCCCCUUAAGAAGCAUAUUCUCUUGGAAAGAAGCUCAGACCCAAUCGCACCCACGCCAAUUCCCCUCAGGAGAUGGAUUUUGUUGAAGAUGAUUUGUAGCUGCCUGCAUUUGAUCUCUGGUGAAGAUAUUAGGAGUAUGAUUGCAUGCACCAAAGUCAACAAUGAAGCGUUUUGUGUAUGCCAAUGACGACGAUUUGUCGCAUGAGCUUUACUGUGAUAACCGUAUAUCAAACAGAAAGUACACAUUGUUAAAUUUCAUCCCGAAAAAUUUAUGGGAACAGUUCAGCCGCUUUAUGAACCAAUACUUUUUGUUGAUCGCUUGUCUUCAACUAUGGCCACUUAUAACACCAGUAAACCCCGCUAGUACGUGGGGUCCACUCAUAUUUAUAUUCGCAGUCUCAGCAACGAAAGAGGCAUGGGAUGACUACAAUAGAUAUCUCUCUGACAAGAAAGCAAAUGAGAAACAAGUAUGGGUUGUGAGGCAGGGUUCCAAGAAACUAAUUCAAGCGCAAGAGAUUCAUGUUGGUAACCUGGUGUGGCUACGUGAAAAUGAUGAAGUUCCAUGUGAUCUCGUUUUACUUGGUACCUCCGAGCCACAAGGAGUCUGCUAUGUGGAGACGGCUGCCCUAGAUGGUGAAACUGACCUUAAGACAAGGAAUAUACCUCCUGCUUGCAUGGGUAUUGACUCUGACUUGUUGCACAAAAUCAAGGGUGUGAUUGAGUGCCCACACCCAGAUAAGGACAUUAGAAGAUUUGAUGCAAAUCUGAGGCUGUUUCCUCCAUUUUUAGAUAAUGAUGUGUGCCCUUUAAGCAUAAAAAAUACAAUCCUACAAUCAUGCUACUUACGGAAUACAGACUGGGCUUGUGGUGUUGCUGUAUAUACAGGCAACGAGACCAAGAUGGGCAUGAGUAGAGGUGUGGCAGAACCGAAGCUUACUGCUAUGGACGCGAUGAUUGACAAGUUGACUGGGGCUAUAUUCAUAUUUCAGAUUGUCGUGGUCAUUGUUUUAGGCAUAGCUGGAAAUAUAUGGAAGGAUACAGAAGCAAGAAAGCAUUGGUAUGUUCUAUACCCAGAUGAGGGUCCAUGGUAUGAACUACUGAUAAUCCCUCUGCGGUUUGAGCUUCUUUGUUCCAUCAUGAUACCAAUAUCUAUAAAGGUGUCAUUAGAUCUUGUUAAAAGCUUGUAUGCAAAGUUCAUUGAUUGGGAUAAGCAGAUGAUUGACCUGGAGACUGGCACUUCAGCCAAUGCAACAAACACAGCAAUAAGUGAAGAUCUGGGUCAAGUUGAGUACAUACUGACAGAUAAAACAGGGACACUUACAGAAAAUAAGAUGAUUUUUAAGAGAUGUUGCAUUGCGGGGACAUUCUUUGGUAAUGAGAAUGGAGAUGCUGUAAAAGAUGUGGAGCUUCUCAAUGCCAUCAAUACUGCUUCUCCAGAUGCUAUUAGAUUUCUGACGGUUAUGGCAAUAUGUAACACUGUCAUUCCUAUCAAAAGCCCGAGUGGAACGGUCUCAUAUAAGGCACAGUCGCAGGAUGAGGAAGCUCUAGUGCGUGCAGCUGCUUCCUUGCAUAUGGUUUUUGUUAACAAAAGUUCUAACAUACUUGAAAUAAACUUGAAUGGGUCGUUAAAGCAGUAUGAGGUGCUGGAGUACCUGGAGUUUACCUCUGAUAGGAAAAGAAUGUCGGUGGUUGUUAGAGAUUGUGAUAAGGGGAAAAUUAUGCUUUUGUCGAAAGGAGCAGAUGAAACUAUUCUUCCAUGUGCAUAUGCGGGACAUCAAACCAAGACAUUUUCUGAAGCUGUAGAUCAAUAUGCCCAAAUGGGGCUACGCACUUUGUGCUUGGCUUGGCGUGAAUUAAAUGAGUUGGAAUAUCAAGAUUGGUCUGUCAUGUUUAAAGAGGCUAAUAGCACAUUAGUUGACAGAGAGUGGAGAGUAGCUGAGGUUUGCCAAAGAUUGGAACAUGACCUUGAAAUACUUGGGGUUGCUGCGAUAGAGGACCGUUUACAGGAUGGUGUGCCAGAGACGAUUGAAACCCUCAGAAAAGCUGGGAUAAAUUUCUGGAUGCUUACUGGUGACAAACAGAAUACCGCUAUACAGAUUGCUCUGUCCUGCAAUUUUGUUUCCCCAGAACCCAAAGGGCAGCUUCUGUUGGUUAAUGGAAAAACAGAAGAUGAAGUUUGCAGAAAUCUGGAAAGAGAUGUGGCUUUUGUGAUUGAUGGAUGGGCUCUUGAAAUUGCACUCAAGUAUUACCGGAAAGCAUUCACAGAGUUGGCAAUAUUGUCACGGACAGCUAUAUGUUGUAGGGUUACACCAUCCCAGAAAGCACAGCUUGUAGAGCUUCUUAAAUCUUGUGACUACAGAACUCUGGCCAUUGGGGAUGGUGGGAAUGAUGUGAGGAUGAUCCAACAAGCUGAUAUUGGCGUUGGCAUAAGUGGGAGAGAAGGACUACAGGCAGCAAGAGCAGCUGAUUACAGUAUUGGGAAGUUCAGGUUCCUUAAAAGAUUGAUACUUGUCCAUGGGAGAUAUUCAUAUAACCGCACCGCAUUUCUUUCACAAUAUUCAUUCUAUAAAUCCUUACUCAUAUGCUUCAUCCAGAUUUUUUUCUCGUUCGUUUCAGGUGUAUCUGGCACCAGCCUUUUCAACUCUGUGAGCCUCAUGGCUUAUAAUGUUUUCUACACCAGUGUUCCUGUUCUAGUCAGUGUUCUUGACAAAGAUCUCACUGAGAAAACUGUUAUGCAGCACCCGCAAAUAUUAUUUUACUGCCAAGCAGGGAGGCUUCUCAAUCCUACUACAUUUGCUGGAUGGUUUGGGCGUGCUCUUUUUCAUGCGAUUGUUGUGUUUGUGAUAACCAUACAUUCAUAUGCCUUUGAGAAAAGUGGGUUGGAGGAGGUAUCAAUGGUGGCACUUUCUGGCUGUGUCUGGUUACAAGCUUUUGUGGUCACAUUGGAGACCAACUCAUUUACAAUCUUCCAACAUGUUGCCAUAUGGGGCAAUUUAGUGGUUUUCUAUAUCAUCAAUUGGAUUGUGAGUGCUGUGCCACAAUCCGGGAUGUACACAAUCAUGCAUCGCUUGUGUAGACAGCCCUCUUACUGGAAUACUAUGUUUCUGAUAGUAGCUGCUGGGAUGGGUCCGGUGCUAGCUUUGAAGUACUUCAGGUACACAUACAGAUCAAGCAAAAUCAACAUUCUUCAGCAAGCGGAGCGCUUGGGUGGCCCCAUCCUCUCACUUGGAAACAUUGAACCGCAGCCAAGAUCAGUAUUAUUAGACAAUGAUGUUGAUGUCGAUGUCGCCCCCUUGUCAAUUUCUCAGUCCAAGAACGGCCGCAACUCUGUUUUCGAGCCGCUUCUCUCAGAUUCACCCAAUGCCGUCAGACGCUCUUUCGGGCCCGCAGCUACAUUCGACUUUUUCCCAUCCCAGUCCAAGUCUUCCACCUAUUCCCGAAAUAAGGACAAGUAACACCCACCCACCAUUUUUCACCAUCCAAUCCAAUAACCCACCUAAUAGAAUCCUAUCAUUUUUGUAAAGUUUUUGCAUUUUAUUACUAUUAUAUCAACUCAUUUUUCACCUAACCUAUCCUAUGCCUUUUUAACACUUUAAAUAAUUGUAUAAAACUAUGGUUGCACCC